GGCGUUGAUUUCCGGUAUUUAGCGUCUGGAUAUACAGGUUUUACGGAGUGUGUGUUGCUAUAUGUGUGUUGAAUGUGUGAGUGUGUGAGAGAGUUUGUAGUGUGGUUGUAACCAUUCCCAGCUCGGAUAGUGUCACCGCCUUGCACCGUCGGCAGGCACCGUGUUCAUACAUGCAAGUUACCGUCGCGGCUCCAAAAUCGUUGGCCAGCAAUGACCGAGAGCCCCGCUACCAAGCCAGCCAACGGGGACGUGUGUCAGUGUGUGAAGAACGGAUUGAAACCAGAGAGAAACGGCUUACUGAAGAGCCUUCACUGCUGCCAUGAGCGGAAGCAUAAGCACCACUGCCGCUCCGAGGAAGAGGAGGAGGUCCAUGCAGCGUCACAUAAUGGCAGCCUGUACAGCCGGCCCUUCAUCGAGUCUUUCGAGGAGACGCCCAUGCUGGUGGCAGUGCUCACCUACAUGGGCUACGGCAUCCUGACCAUCUUCGGCUACCUUCGCGACUUUCUCCGACACUGGAAGAUUGAGAGGUGCCACAUUGCCAGGGAGAAGGAGGAACAGAAGGACUUUGUGCCCCUCUACCAGGACUUUGAGAACUUCUACACCAGAAACCUUUACAUGCGUAUAAGAGACAACUGGAACAGGCCCAUAUGCAGCGUCCCAGGAGCCAAAGUGGACCUAAUGGAGCGAGUGUCCCGUGACUACAACUGGACUUUUGAGUACACGGGCCGGGUAGUGCAGGAUGUGAUUAACUUGGGCUCGUAUAAUUACCUCGGCUUUGCUGAGAACACCGGUCCGUGUGCUGAGUCUGCAGCCGAGGUCACCAUGAAGUACGGUGUUGGAGUUGCAAGCACCAGGCAGGAAAUUGGUAACCUGGACAGGCAUGAGGAGAUGGAGAAACUGGUAGCAAAGUUCCUUGGCGUGGAGUCAGCUAUGGCCUUCGGGAUGGGCUUUGCAACAAACUCCAUGAACAUUCCAGCACUAGUUGGCAAGGGCUGCUUGAUUCUGAGUGAUGAACUGAACCAUGCCUCUCUGGUGCUGGGAGCCAGGCUCUCUGGGUCCACCAUCAGAGUCUUCAAACACAACAACAUGCAGAGCCUUGAGAAGCUGCUGAGAGAGGCCAUAGUUCAUGGGCAACCCAGGACUCACAGACCAUGGAAGAAGAUUCUCAUAGUGGUAGAGGGUAUUUACAGCAUGGAGGGCAGCAUAGUGCGCCUACCAGAAGUGAUUGAUCUGAAGAAGCGUUACCGGGCCUACCUUUACCUCGACGAGGCCCACAGCAUAGGGGCCCUGGGGCCCAGGGGGAGAGGGGUGGUUGAUUACUUUGGGCUAGACCCCUGCGAUGUGGAUGUCAUGAUGGGAACAUUUACCAAGAGCUUUGGCGCUGCAGGGGGAUACAUUGCAGGGAAAAAGGAGCUUAUUGAGUACCUGCGCUCCCAUUCCCACAGUGCAGUCUACGCCACCUCCAUGUCUCCUCCUGUGGUGGAGCAAAUCAUCACUUCUAUGAAGUGUAUUAUGGGAGAGGAUGGCACAACGAUCGGCCGUGACCGCGUGCGCCAGCUGGCAGAGAACACAGUCUAUUUCCGCAGGAGGCUUCGAGAAAUGGGCUUCAUCAUCUACGGCAACGAGGACUCGCCUGUUGUACCCAUGAUGCUCUACAUGCCCGCCAAGAUAGGAGCGUUUGGCAGGGAGAUGUUGAAAAGGAACAUCGGGGUGGUGGUCGUGGGCUUCCCCGCUACGCCCAUCAUCGAGUCGCGCGCACGCUUCUGCAUCUCAGCAGCCCACACAAGAGACAUGCUCGACAAGGCUCUGAGUGUCAUCAGUGAGGUAGGAGACCUUCUUCAGCUCAAGUAUUCCCGACGCAGAAUACAGCCGUCUUUGGCGCGGCCGUUUGAUGAUAAUGUGUAUGAGGACAUUGACGACUGAUGAACCACUCGUCUGCUGAAGAGGUGUGAACCUGAACAACCCCAGAAAAUACAGACCGGCUCAAGAUGGAUCACAAGUCUUCCGCAAAGACCGAGACGUGCACAGGUGCCCCUUGUCAAUAGCUUGCCAUAUUGCAACCUCCCAACAAAAGAAAAACACUUAAAACUAUCAUCUAACUCUACUUUGCCUUACCUAAACAUGCCGAGCUUGUGGUGAACACACUGAAAAACAGCAUCUCCUGUGUUUUUCCUGUGUACUUUGGUUACUUUUUCUCAAUUAUUAUAUUUUGUGUCUGCGUGUGUUUGUGGUGCUUGUAGCAUUCGUCAUGUUAAACCUUGUGGUUGCAUAUGUGAAGCAGACAGAAGUCAACUUCUCAAAAGUCUCUGAAAUUUUGAGCGUUCUUUUCUGUAAUAUGGAUCUAAAGUGAACUUCAGUGGGGUAAAAGACAUUUUUUUUAAAUGGGAUAAAAAGAACAAAACUUGUUAGUUCAUCCAGUAACCUUCAUAUCAAUGAUUAAUGCCGUGGGCCAAAAACAGAAAGUACUGGAUGUUACAUUUCACACAACUAUGUGAGUGACCAGGUUUUAUUCCUGAAAGUCUGUCUGUCUGUCUCUCUGUUUGCUAGCAAAACACUACAGUUCAAAUUUGCCACAGAGCUGAAAAGUGAAAUAUAUUUUAAGGAUUAUGUAAUUAAUGAUCCAAAUCUGGAUUUUGUGCCAUCAGACAAUUCUAGUUUUAUUUAUAUCCCCGUCGUCCAACUGUGGCUGGUGUGCAUUGCACAGGACAGUGUCUAGUUUUGGUUAAAGUGGUUAAGGCCAGUCUAAAAAGCCCUGCUAGUGACAGCUAGAUCACAUACUGCAACUUGAACCUGACUUCACUACAAAUUUUUGAACCAUCUGAUAUUUUGAUGACAUUAUAGUUAGCCAUGUUAUUGUAUUGUAAGACAGUAAAUGGGCCACAUACAGAGGGAAACAAACCCUGUGCUGCAUAGCUCCAAUAAUCAGAGACUGAUAUCAUCACAUUAGCAAAAUCCAUCAACAUCAUCAAGCAUAUCUGUAUCUAUUCCAAAUGCAAGAAGAAAAAGACUAUUCGUAGUAUAAGACUCACAAAUUGACAGCUAAUUAGUUAGUCUUCCAGACAUUCAAUCAUAUCUUUUGUUGACUAUUUCAUUUAUCCAUGUGGAUAUUUUCUUUUGCAUCUCAAUUGAUCUUACAGCUAAUCAAAGCAUUUUGUGUUCUCUAGUAAAGUAUGAUUAAAUUCUGCUGAAUGGUAGCUCAAUUUAAUCCCUCUGCUCCAAACAUGUGGACUUCAAUUUUAAGAGUACACAAAUCUUGAAAAAGAUACAAUAGUGUGUCUGUCAGCUGAGGGUGGUUACUAUAGAAAGUGGUAUUUUACUGACUAAUAACAAUACUAGUUUUCAUAAAUGGUAACUUAAGAAAGUUACGUUGUAAUUCACACUGAUGGUAAAUCCCUCAUAUUGAGAAGAAAUGGAAAGAAAUGUAUAUUGACAUUUGAAUAGGGAAUUUAAUCCCUAAUCAUCUGUUACUCAUGGAUUUGGCUGGCCUCUUGUUUCCACAGCUAUUUUACACGUCACCAUCACUUACAUACUUCAGUUUGUUUUACAUGACCACCUUAGGGUGUGUUUGUAUAUAUCACAAUCGACCUGAGGCCAUCGUCAUGAGGCCAAAGUCCUGACCGUCAAACUACUUGGUUUGUUAAACGCUGCAGGGUUGGAUUAGUUAGUUCAAGAGGUCUAAAAACUUAAACCUAUUAAAAGAAAAUAGUGCUUCUGUUUCUACCCCAGACAGAGCAUCCAAGUUAUGAAUAGUCAAGUAGAUCGGACGUGAUUGAGUGCUCUUUCUAAUAUCCUUCUUUUCUGCCCCAUCUCUUUGGUAGUAGUAAUAACCUCAUUGCAUUGUGUCUGAUAACAUUGUUUGGAUGCCUUGUAAAAUGAAGUGCUAUCACUGUGCUGUUACUCAACAGUCAUUAGUAACUUUAAUCAGUUUGACAGGGGACAGAUUUGUAUGCUGGCUUGCAUGCUUUUUGAUAUUAAUGUGUGUUUUUUUGCACUUGAACCCUGCUUUUCUUUAAUGUACACACCUGGCUUUUGAACUCUUGGUUUAUCUUUGCAUUGAGCAACUGAGCAACACUGGGACAAUUAAGGCAGCUGUAAACUCCCACAUGCAAUACAUUUUCCUUUGCAUGUGUGCACAACUAUGGUGUAACCACUCAUUUGUCAUGCUAAUGCAUGUACAGUAAGAAUUAGUCACUAAAGCUGCUCUGCACCACAGCCUGUGGUGCUCCAUGAUAUACACUGUUCUGCUACAUGUGACUUUUUAGAACGCUGUCACAAACUCCAGUUCAUUCCAGACAAAGUUAACUUUUUUCUGUAUCAACAGAAACGUUUUUCUUCUUUUUUUUCUUUUCAUUUCAUUUAAUGUUUAUCUGUUACUGUAAAUGGGAGAUGUUUGUGUGAUUGAAUCUUGGAAUUAUAAAUUACUGUCCAUUAGCUAAAGGCUAAUAGUUACAAACAAUAGUUACAGUAGAUACAAUGUUCCUCUUGUCAGUACAGAAUGUCUUUUUAUGGCACUUGGAGCAUAUUUUAAUAUCCCAAGACCUUAUGACCUGAUGAUGCUAUUCAUUAUAUAAAUUAGAUCUCUGCAGUACCUUCAGAAUUAUUGGUACUUACUGGAACAAUAACCAGAUAUACUUUUGUGAUACACCAAAGAAUAAUACAUUUGGUCCUGGAUGCUGUAUCCAUGAAAACUAUACUUUGUCCCCGUCGCGAUCGUAAUAAUUAAACCACUUCAGUCUGAAAGAGAUGCACAAAAGCAGAAAUGCCUUUUUAUGGUCUGUGAGCUUUGUUGAUGUAAGAUAUAAGAUAUAAGAUGGUCCCAAUAUUUUGUAUAAAGUUUAUAUUGUUUCAUUAAAAAAGAGUUAUUGAGAAUAUUUUGUUUAUUAUAGGGUAACCCAGGAACUAUGGCUAUCACUAUUAAUGGCAUCUUUUAUUUAAAGUGCUAGAGUGUGCCAAUAGUAGAGGCAGUCGUUUCAGUGGCUUCAGAGUUCAAGUUACCAUAUGUCAGAGAUCAUUAUUUUCUGAUAUAGUGCCUUUUGAAGCAAAAGAUUUUCUAAGAAUUCUGAUUAUAUUAAGUGUCAUAACUUGCAUUAUUUGUUUUUACAGUCUUAUUUGACUUCUUUUACUAUUUGUCUUCAACAGUACUUAUAAUUAGCACUGGAUGUGUUCUCUGUGUUGACUAAUUGCCAUGCAUUUGAUCAUAGAAAAUGCACUAUUUGCAACAUAUCAGCAAGUUAAUAAUAUGUGAAGUGUCACUUAUGUCAGUGGUCUCAGUAGGUCAUUAAAACAAUAAAGAUAUUUUGAAUUGCC